AUGGAGAUGAAGGUCAGAGGCCUGAGGAUCGCCUUGCUGCUGUUGCUGGUGAUUGUAGUUGUAACGGCCAAGCUGAAUCACGUCCAGAGGUGGGGCGGAUUCAAGGAGAAGGCCACGAGCAAGAAAAACAUGAACUCUACACUCCAUUUCUUCAUCCAGACCUACAACAACUUAAGCAAUGACACCUACUUGUUUCAAGUUCAGAAGCUAAUUCAAAGUCAGGUGCAGCUGACCACGGGAGUGGAGUAUUUGGUCACUGUGAAGAUUGGCAGGACUAAAUGUAAGAAAAAUGGAAGGAAGACAUCUUCAUGUCCUCUGCAAAGCAGCAAGCUGAAAAAGAGCCUGGUUUGCACAUCACUGAUAUACACCGUGCCCUGGGCGAACUACUACCAGCUUUGGAACAAUUCCUGCCAGAAUAUCUGA